AUGUGGUGCAAAAGACAAAACACAAAACUUCAUGCAGAACUGACGCAGGUUACUCCUGCUCUGGGGGCUUGGGUGACUAUUAUCAAGGAGGAGAAGGCUAUCUAUGGCGCACUAAAUCAUUUCUCCUAUAAACAGGCGAGGAGAACACACAUCGCGGAGGCAUGGUGCCCGACCAGCUCCCUUCAUUUUUACUAUCUGUCACCCGUAUCGGUUUUAGCGCUUGCCGCUGCUCAUGGCCGGGAUAAUAUUUUCCAACUACUUUAUGCUGAUCCAACGGCAGACAAAGCGGAUAUUGGGGUUGUUCGUGGUCCCCUCAUCGGUGGAAACCUCAAUAUUGUGCGGACAGUGCUCGAUCCGCUUCCUGGGAUUUUGCCGAGAUAUGAUGAAGUAUACGAUACAACGGCCAUUAUCGAAGUUGCACAAUCAAGGUGCUCGGAAGAGUUGCUUCGCUAUAUGCUAUCACGCAAGGACAUCGAUGUAAACCACCCCUGUGACGGAAGAGACACGGUUCUACGCGCGGCCAUAAGAUCUGGAGACAUGGGCAAGUUCCGUGCGGUGUUGGUCCAUCCAGAUCUGGAUAUAAACCAACUCGCAGACUAUAAUAUGACCGGUAGAGGAACAGUGCUGGACAUUACACUGUGGGAUCAUGAGAUGGGGAGUCCCGAAAAGCUACCUUAUUUGAAGGCGUUAAUAGCGCGCCCAGGCAUGAAUGUGAACUACCCUGGAUAUUCGUACGGGUCUACUGCGUUUGGUGCUGCUGCUCUCGAAAACUUGACUGAGGUGAUGCAACUCCUGCUUGAACGUGACGACUUGGACAAAGUACCUAUAAACGAGCUAGACUCGGCGCUGGGGAAUGUGGAAAUUGUAAGGAGACUGCUGGACCCGGCGCUGGGCGUGACAAGGGAGCUUAUACAAGAUGCCAUUGACGGAACAGAGGCCGAAAUGUUAGACCCUUUCUUGGGUGGCGAUGAAUAUAUGGAACGAGCGCAGAGUGUCCUGGAAAUCCUGCGGGAGCGUAUAAAGGCAAUCGAUGGAUUCUCGCUGCUCUGCCUAUACACUAUAUUGUUCCCUGCUUAUUGCAUUAUGUAUGAUAGAUAG